AUGGCCGAGUCCUUCUCCGCGACCCUGGCAGGGCCAACCUCCAAGGAGCGCAAGUAUGAUCGACAGCUGCGGUUGUGGGCGGCCACAGGUCAGCAAGCGCUAGAAGACUCGCGCGUACUGCUGGUCAACUCCGACGGCCCGCUGGGCUCCAGCAGCACCGGUGUCUCGGGCGUCGUCGGCGUCGAGGCCCUCAAGAACCUGGUUUUGCCGGGUAUCGGGGGAUUCACCAUUGUUGAUCCGGCAAUUGUCACGGAAGAAGACUUGGGAGUGAACUUCUUUUUGGAAGAGGAGUCCAUGGGCAAGUCGCGCGCCGAAGAGACAUGUCGUCUGCUGCGCGAAUUGAAUCCCGAUGUACAGGGAUACUACUAUGCCAAGCACAUUUCGGAUCUUCUGCAGGAUUCGGACUUCCUUCCCCGCCACAAAUUGGUGAUCAUUUCCGGCCCGACGAAAUGCUCCUCGCUGGACAUACUCCGUCAACAGGCCCAACAGCUGGGCGUUCCUGUGCUGUACAUACACUCAGUUGGAUUCUACUCGACCUUCUCGCUUCAACUAGACGCCGAGUUCCCCAUCGUCGAAACACACCCUGAUCCCGAAACAACCCAAGACCUGCGCCUCCUGAACCCAUGGCCAGAACUUGCGGCCGCAGCCGCCAGCAUGGGCGACCUGAAUAGCAUGGACGACCAUGUCCACGGCCAUGUACCCUAUAUCCUGCUGCUGCUGCGCUUCCUGGAGGAGUGGAAGCAAACACACGAGGGCAUGUCGCCCAGCAACUACAAAGAGAAGACCGCAUUUCGCGAGUUUGUGCGCUCGCAGGCGCGAACCGACAAUCCAGAAGGCGGCGAGGAGAAUUUCGAUGAGGCGGUGGCGGCGGUAUUGAAAACGGUCAGCCCAUUCAGCCUGCGCAGCUCGAUCCGGGAAAUCUUCGAGAUGGAACAGUGCAAGACGCUGACGGCGCGGUCGGCUGAUUUCUGGGUCAUCGCGUCGGCGAUCAAUUUGUUCUACACUGUACACGGAGUGUUGCCGCUACCAGGCUCACUGCCGGACAUGAAGGCCCAGUCGGCCGAUUAUGUGGCGCUGCAGAAUAUCUACAAGGACAAGGCGCGGCAGGACGUGAAGGAGGUCAGUGCUACAGUGCGGCAGCUGGAGACUCAACUUGGGCGUGCGGCGCCGCAGAUCCUGGAACGUGAGAUCGAGGUGUUCUGCAAAAACGCGGCGCAUAUCAAGGUCGUGCGGGGGCGGCCGCUCCCACAUCUCCGAGAGGGCUGCGAUGCUGAGACGCUGGCAACGAUUCGUAGUCAAUUCGGAAUGGCGCAGUUGGGGAUGCCUGAAUCGUUGAUCUCGGUGUUCAUUGCCACGCAGGUUCUCGACGCGGUCGUGGACGAGGUUCAAAACAGCGGCCAGCAGGGAGGACAGCGGUCAGUGGAUGACGAGGCGCUGUGGGCAAGCCACACUGAACGCAUCUUGGCUCUCCUGACCCGCGACGACCCAACGCCCCUCGACCAAGAGACCCUCGAAAGCAUUGACCGCGCUAUCCAGGAACUGCGACGCGCGGAGAGUGGCGAGCUGCAUAACAUCUCGUCUCUGACGGGUGGGUUGGUGGCACAGGAAGCGCUCAAGGUUCUUACGAGGCAGUAUGUUCCGCUGGAUAACACCUGCGUGUUCGACGGGGCACGAAGCCGGAGUGAGAUGUACAGGCUGUGA